UAAACCAUCUUAUGUCAAAAGGCCUCACCGUGGAAACUCCUCUCGAAAACCCUUUUCUCCACACCUUCUUCUCCGCGAACACCAAAUCCCCAAAAUCCAUCUUCUCUGUAGCCUCUUCUCCUUGGAUCUGGACGUCCGAGCACCGCACUCCUGGUACCAGAUCAUUUGCACUCUCGACUGUAGUUCACCCUCGAGCGCACCGGGCGUGAGAACCCGCAUCCCGACAGCUCCCCUUUGCUACUCUCCUCGUCGUGGGCCAGCAAAACCUCCUCGACAAAGCAGAUGGCAGUGGGCGAUUAGGAGCCACUGCCCGCCAUGACAAUGGUCAUCGGCAGAUGCCUGGUUUGCUUCCUCUAUGUGCUCGUCUCGACGGCGACGCCGCGGUGCCCCAGGUGUGGUGCACAUGCGUCGGUCCACAGCACGCCCAACAAGAGACACAAGUUUGAUGAUUCUAAACACAAGGGCAGUUGCAUUAUUCUAGAAAAUGGAUAUUGGCUCAUUGAAUAUCGAAGACUUUAUUGCAAUAGGUGUCAUAUUUUCUGCCACAGAUUUUGUCCGCACCUUGCAGGAUCCUAAAAGAAAGGUACACAAGUCUGUUAAAGGUGUAUUGAAAUUGGAGGUUGAAAAGCUUCAUACUUCACUAGUUGAUGUGGACAAUAUCUCUGACGGUGGAAGCAUAAUCAUUGACUCAAAUGAUGAUGGUGAUCGUUUUACUGAAACUUCUUUAAGAAAGUAUCAUAGCAAUGGUCAUGAUAUCCCUAUCAUAGCAAUGGCUUGAUUUUUCUGGGUCAUCUAUACACUUUUAUAUCCAUGGCUCAAACAUAGAUGGCUUCCCCAGCCUCUGCUUCUUCCAGCUGAGGUUUACAAGAUGAGUAAACUUAAUCACUAGCAUUUGUUAGAUAUUUUAGUUAUUGCUUCAAUUUUUUUCUCCAAAAAAACAUCAGCUACCACAUAACUAUUUAGGUGAUCAGAAAAUGAACCUACCUAAUUUUCUCAUAAAAAUUAAUACACGUGAUUAGUAGAGGUAUUCAUUUUCUGAUCACCUAAAAAUUAUUUCUUAUUUAUGUUUGUGUUUUUCUUACUCAUGUUAAUAUCUUACCUUCCUUUCUUUGCAGUUGAAGGGCAUCAAGCCGAUCAAAUUUUAAUUGUAAAAGCACAGAAGGACUAGUCUCAUGAAUGUUACCUUGUAAGAACCAAUGCAGCAAUCAGAAUCAAUGUAGAUUUUGAACUACUUGCACUACUUCAGAGAGGCAUAGAAGGAGAGGAAAGGCUUGCUGUUCAUAAUUUUUUUACCUUAUCAACCUGUAACACAAUUAUUCCUAUUGAAAAGAAAAUUAUGAUAUUUAUUUAUUUU